AUGUUCUCCUGCAAAAUGGCCCCAUCUUCCCUCGCUUCCCGCUUCCGACAAUCGGUCACCCCGACCGCACUCCGAUCCUAUGCCGCCGAGUUCAUCUCCACAUUCUUCUACGUCUUCUCUGUCGUCGGAUCAUCCAUGGCCUCCCAGAAGAUGAUGUCGGGCGCUGUUAGGACAGACUCGUCGAAUCUUCUCGUGGCAGCCGUUGUCAAUGUCUUUGCUUUGGCUUCUGCGGUGUACAUUGCAGCCAAUAUCUCUGGAGGACAUGUCAACCCGGCGGUGACAUUUGGCAUGGCGGUCGGCGGCCACGUCAGUAUCCCAACUGCUCUCUUCUAUUGGUUUGCCCAGAUGCUUGCCUCUGUCAUGGCCUGCAUUGUUCUUAGAGUCACCAUUCUUGGACAGCAUGUUCAAAGCUACGCUAUUGCGGAGGAAAUGACCGGAUUCGGAGCAUCGGUGGUGGAAGGCAUAUUAACAUUUGCUUUAGUGUACACUGUCUUCGCCGUCGGUGAUCCGAAAAGAGAUCCAUGCAAUGCGAUUGGAGCCGUGAUGGUCGGGCUGAUGGCCGGAGCCAAUGUGCUGGCUGCGGGGCCGUUCUCCGGUGGGUCGGUGAAUCCGGCGUGCGCGUUCGGGUCGGCGAUUGUGGCCGGGAGUUUCAAGAACCAGGCAGUGUACUGGGUUGGGCCGUUGAUUGGGGCUGCUCUGGCCGGAAUUGUUCAUGACAAUGUGGUUUUUCCGGCUGAAAAUGCAGAUUCUUUCAGAGGGGUUUCUGAGGCUGUUGGGGUGUAA